CCAGCAGGCAGAGAGAGAGAGAGACAUAGAGACACACAGAGAGAGAGAGAGAGAGAGGGUGGACAACCAAAACACGGUUAGCAGACAACUAUCAAACAACGACGGCCUGACAGCCAUUUAAUCAACUAUUUAGUCAGCUGCUCGGAGCCAAAAAUGUGACCAGGCGAGAGGGACGCCUUGCCGAGGACCGUCAGAAGCACAUGACAACUUUAGUUGUUGUGAGGAGGCGCACCAUGGCAUCUCAGCCGAGUAUAUACAAUGAAGAAAGGAACCGGCUUCGCCUCCGUGCAUGGGAACAGAGGAACCAAGAAACAAGCCAAGCCAAAGAGCUCAACUCUGAGAAUGUGCCGCUCUUUGGGGUACCAUACAAGACAAACAAAGGGGAUGAGCUUUCCAAUCGAAUCCAGAGAAUGCUUGGCAGUUAUGAAGAUGUGAAUAAUCCAUAUCCCUAUGCUAUUGAGCCUUUACCCAUUCCUUCUUGUGGAACCUUCUCACAGUCAGAUCAGGGUCUGCCAAACACAGAUAAACCAACCAAGCCUCCAUUCCACAACCAAAUCCAUUACAUGUCCACCCAAAGUCAGAAAGCCCCAUCUAGUAACGGUUACUCCUCUCAGCCCGUGAGGACGUCCGCCGCCUCUUCGUCUCCUAACCACCUUGGACAUUCAUCCACUUUCUCCGAUGCUUCUCUGAACCACAGUCAGCUCAGCCUCUCAGCACGUCAACAAAAGAGGAGUGAAGCCCUCUCAGAUCUCAGGGAGUGCGUCAGCCCUUACCAGGAAAUGUCUUCUCAGUCUCCUGAUGCUAAGCAGCUACCCUUCCCACAUUCCAGUGACCAUGAUAAAAAUGACAAGGACACUAAGGACAUGGACGCUUCCAAUUUUAACCUAAAACAGUCCCCCAACGAUGCUUCUCUACCCCAAGCAAACAAGGGUAACGCACUACCUUCCCAGACCUUCCCUUCACUCCUGUCGUCAAAGCAGCCCAGCGUAGUCAUGACCCAGAAGCCGACAGCGUACGUGCGGCCCAUGGAUGGUCAGGACCAGGUGGUCAGCGAGUCACCUGAGCUGAAGUCUUCACCAGAGCCAUAUGUACCUCUACCUGAGUUAAUCAACAAAUCGGAUCUGGGCAAAACGAAGAUACUGCCACAAUUCAUGGAGACAAGGUCAAAUGAAGUUCUGAGUGUUGAGGACAUCUUGAGGGAAAUGACCCACUCGUGGCCUCCUCUCCUGACAGCUAUACAAACACCUAGCACAGAUGAACCCUCCAAGGCCCUGUUCCAAGCAAAGGAAAUGACCCACUCGUGGCCUCCUCUCCUGACAGCUAUACAAACACCUAGCACAGAUGAACCCUCCAAGGCCCUGUUCCAAGCAAAGGAAGCAGAGCAUGUCUCUUCAUGUCCAGGACAAAAUCCAUCCCAGCUCAUCCAGCAGAGCUCCUCAGCUUCAUUUGAAGCUGCACAUUCAAGAGAGGUAGAGUCCGCCAGCUCCAGCGACUCAGAGAGUAGCUCAAGAUCAGAGUCGGAAAGUGAAAGCACCAUCGAGGAGCCACCUCAACUCCCCGUGAGUAGCUCCAACGUCAAAAACGAGCCUGAGGCUCCAGCAGUGUCGCAUGGUAAUUGGCAGUUGGGGAACUGGAUUCGGUCCAGCCAGCAGAACUCCGGCACUGAGAGUCAAAGCGGUGCACAUGCCCCUGAGAGCCCUGCUCACAAACAGCCACUGCCCACUCAAAGCUCCAAGCUCUCACUCAGUGUAGAGGUCGUCGACCCCACCAGGGAGUCCAAACCCAAGCUUUCAACUCACCAAAGAGAGUUCACUGAUAGGCUUGCAAAGCUCCAGCAGCACAGCAAAAGCCCUCAGGACAAUUAUAACCAUCAAAGUAACCAAAAAUCCCCCUUUGGUGAUUUGAACAGCUGUAGCAGUUCCAGGAAACUUCCAUUCAACAAGAACACCUCAAUACCAGAGAAGGCAGGUUGCAAAGAUCGCACUGAAGCAGCUAUUGAUGUGAAGUGUGAGGAAGUUGUCGCCACACAAGACAAAGAUCCCUGUUUCAAAGAUAGACCCAAGGUCAAGACAAAAACAGGACAUGGCAAGAAAAGCAAGGAUAACAGAGACACUAAAAGAGACAGUAAAAGGACUUCUAAACACACCUCACUAGACAAACGGAAGGCUGGAGAAGAGCCUGAAGCCCCAGUGGUCGUGUGUGGUCAUUGUCCAUCAUGUGGUGUGCAAUAUCCUAUCCCCUGCUCCUGCCCCAUCCAAGGUCCUGCUCAGCCUCACCAGCUGUCUCCAGCCCCACUACAUAGACUCAGUAGUAGCAAACAAAAGUCUGAGACCAUCUGCCAGAGGGGGAACAAGAUUCCUCACAAAACAACCCACAAGAAAUCAGAGAAGGCUGGACAGAUAGCCAAGAGUUCUCAGGACCCCCACAGGCCUUCUAGAUCCCUGCUGGUGAAGAUUGAUCUAAGACUGCUCUCAAGAGUUCCCCUGACUCCAGGAAACCACCAGGAGAUACCCAGCAUUGCAAAGAGAUCAGCGCUGGUCAUAGAGCAAGACGGAGGGGGCAAGGAUGCUUCUUCUACACACAAACUCGCCAAAACCAGCACAAAGAGUAUAUCUCAAAAUGUUGAGGUAGACAAUGCAACUCUCCCGAGGAAGAAACAGAGGCUGGAAAACAAGAAUACCUCAUCGAAUCAUGUUUCUGUCAAACUGGAACGUUCCUGCAAUUCAAAAGAUGACAGAGAGCGAAAGAAGGCAAAGAAAAAACCUGUUUCUUUGCAGCAGCCUCUGACACCCAAAGACCCUGCUAAAGGCCCAAAGGUGCACAAACGCAGUUCUGUGGAAACCCAGGAGUCCAGUAAGGAGGCUGUUAAGAGCAAACACUCGAGCACAAAGCACAAGAAGAGCAGUGGAAAGCACACAGAAAACCCACACUUUCAAAAGCAGAAGCCACCGAAGAGCAGCCUCAAGAUCCCACCAUCUUCACAGCCCACCAGAGAAGCUUUGAGCAACAGGCCCUUGUAUAGAUUAGAGGAAAGGCAGUAUCCAGUGAAGCAUUACAUAAAGGAGGCCAAAAAACUGAAACACAAAGCAGAUGCAGAGUCAGAUAAGCUCAGUAAAGCUUUCAACUACUUGGAUGCGGCCAUGUACUUCGUUGAAAGUGGCAUUGCCAUGGAAAAAGAUCCUCACAUUUCAAUGUCUUCCUACACUAUGUUUGCAGAGACAGUGGAACUGCUCAAGUUUGUACUGAAACUUAAAAAUUCAGUGGACGCCACCGCUUCGCCCUCAGAAAAGGACUUUUUAUCUUUGUGUCUGAAGUGCCAGUCUCUGCUGCAGAUGACCAUGUUUCGCCACAAACAAAAAACUGCACUCAAGUAUUCCAAGACACUCACGGAUCACUUCAGUAACUCAACAACUCCCGAUCCCUCUGUAGUAACAUUAAAAGGGACAGACACCCCGUCCUACAUCCCCAACAUGCCGUCUCCAGCCAACACAUCCACCAGCUCAGGUCCCGCCUCCAACCACAGUGUCAGCGGGUUGGUAGUGGACCCAGUCGGCACCACCGUGGUAAUUCCCCAGGCCAUUGGACAAGUGGCAUUCACCUACGUCAACAUCACCAUGUUACUCUUGAGCGCUCAUGACAUCUGGGAGCAGGCUGAAGAGCUGGCACAAAGAGGCAGCGGUAUGCUGACAGAGCUGGACACAGUUAUGGGCCCAUUGAGCCUUUCGUCGAGUAUGAGGUCUUUGGUCAGCUAUACGAGACAAGGCGUCCACUGGCUGAGGCUGGACAGCCAAAAGGUAAAGUGACCCAACGACCUGCUGCUGUCGCUGAAUACCUGCAAACCCUCCAGGCUGCCUCGCUGUACCUUUUACUUCACCUCAGUGUGUCAUGCUCUGAUACCGACCUGGACUGUCCCUCAGGCUUGUGCCAGUUUUUUCCUCUACUUCACAUGAACUCAUCUCAUCGAAAAAGAAAAGACAAAGAUGACUUCUCAUGUGAUGCGUUUUCUCGAGGACACCACACUGAACUUUGCACUUAUUUAUUGUUUCCCUCACGUCCACUUCGGUGUCUCUCACUUCUUCUCUUGCACUUUUAUGAGCAUAGGUUUCAUUUGCUUUAAUCCACAUAUUUCAUGUCUUGUUAGUCAGUAAUUGUGUUGGGAUCAUUUGUGAAUCACAACUCUAUAUUCAGGAGUGAAAUUUGGAUGGAGGCGCAUGACGUAUAACCAAAAGUGCAAUUUGGUGGCUCUAUAAUCCUCCCCGGCCUUAUCAUGUGGUCGUGUUGCUAGUUCUGACACAGAUUUUAUUACAUAACUUUUGUUAUCAAGUAAUACCGUAAGGCGCUAAACUCAUUGUUUAAAUGUAUCAUGAUUUUUUUAUUUAAUUUCUCUUAACGAGAGAUUAAAUGUCCCUGUGCAGUCUGAAGGAUCUGUUUGAUUUGGAUUCAGGGAUUUAGUAUUUUUAUAAAUUCAGCAUUUUAUUUCUUGUAACGUUUGCACUCGUGACAAGGUCUAAUCUUGAGCGUAGGAAGCAGAUAUGAGUCAAAUGUGGGGAUGUUGUUGCAUAAGUGCCAGAUAACAAUAUGAAAUCAUUUUCAGUUUUUCAAAUGAGGUUUGCCCGGUUUAUGCAGCUCUGGUUCGAUUAAAACACGCCUCUUGUGCAAUAAUAACUGCAUUUUUUUUAAAAAUACGCCAUACUGUUAAUUAAACAUUUGCCCUCCCAGAAUUAAAUAAAUGAAGGUUGACUGAAAAGUAUGUUGAGUGUUACUCAUAACAAAGAGACAUCUGGGCAUGACUUAUGAGAUAAGGAGGCAAAUUAAGAAACUUGUGGUGAUUUCAGGGGAGACUAGCCUGAAAGGUUCAGUCUUUGAUGAAUGCAGAAAUCAUUGUGUAUCAAAUCUGCAAAGUUUUAAGGAUUUACCAUUUCUCAAUGUCACAUGGUUUUGUUGAUAUGAUAGUUGAAACUCAGGAGCAGAAGUGGUCUGGCUGUUGUCUUUCUCUGUAAAGAUGAGUUCGUCAGACCAAAGCAGAUUCGAUUUUAUUCUCGUCAUCCUGACUUGUCAUCCCUCAAUCUAAUGAGUUCUACAAGCAUCAAAGUUCAGUAAACAUCUUAACUACUUGCAAUAAUAAAAAAAGCAUUUUUCACCCCAGACUUUCCUUGGGUUUAGAGCUGGAUGUAGUUGUUGACAUUGGCCGUGUUUAUAAGUUUGAGUUUCCUUUCAAGUAUAGUGGGACCAGCACAGUCUUUCAGCAGUUAUGAAACUACAGUCAAUUUCCAUUCUCUUUGUUUUUGCACCAGGAAGCUACUUUCCUCUGUUUCCCACACUUUAGUUGAGUAGCAAAUGUUGAGUUGCAUUGUGUUUAUUAAAUCUGUGGGAGUGAAUUAAAAAAGCCAAACUAAAGCUCACUAAAGAAUGCACUUUGUUCAGUAUUUGUAGUUCAUUUCAGAGCAUUAUUGGACAAAAGAACACCAUGUUCCAAAGACCGACAGGACUGUGCUAGUCUCUUCUCUUGUUCAUUGUAACUUUGAUUCGAAGCAAUAAAGCAUGAGUUUUGUUGGUUCUAAUUUUUAAGUGAGGUGUUGACGUAGUUAUUAAAGUUUCACAGGGGAUACAAAAAUAAUCAGUAUGAAAUAGUGACGUGGGAAAAGAAACAUUGGUUUGGAUUAAAAUACUAAAAUAGAACAUUUGUUGACAUGAGCACCAUUGGGUUUGAAAUGUUUCGCUUGUUAAUUCAGUUGGUUUGUCCAUUUGCAAUUACACGAUAAAAGGGCUAAACGAGGCUCACAAAGUGUUCCUGACUUUAUUUUCUCACAUAAAUGAUAUGUUUAAUGAGUGAUAUUUUUUCAAGUAAGGAGCGAGAACACUGGUGCCAUGGCAUUUGGGAUUAUUUUUAUGUACCAAUCAUCAGCAGGCUGCUAUAGAAAUGAUCUUUAAAUCAGUUUCUUACUGCAAACGUCAACAAUGCACACAAGGUUAUUUUGGCAUUAGACAAUUCUAACUAGAGCAACUUCAACUGUUUCUUGUCUUUUUGCAACUUGUGGCUUUAUUUCCAUCAUCCUCGAAUGUUGGUGCUUCAUUUAUGAAUUACUCUGCAACAAGUUUACACUUCUUGACAAAUAAUUAUUUACCCCAAAAAAUUGUCAGACAUUUUUGAAGGAUGCUUUUUUUCCUUUUGUGAAAUAUGUAAAGAAUUUGUGUUGCAGUGUACAGAGAUGAAUAAA